UCCCCGCCCAUACCUUGGACAGUCACUUGCCCGAGCAAGCUGGGGGCGACGUUGCGUCCGAUUCCAAUAUGUACAGCGGUAAGGGUCUGCCUCGGGGGUGGAUUGAAUCGAAUUCGUAAACUAGCUGUCGCUCGAUCAGUGGCUGGUGCCCGGCGCUCGUCAUAUUAUCGAUUUUUUUGGAUGUACGGAGCAGGUAUGUAAUCUUUGACAUGGGGAUCUUGGCAGAUCAGGAACGGUAUUUUAGAAUAAACCAGGGGCAUAUCAGCGCUCAGUUCAACUGAGGAGAGAGGAGAGUGAAGUAGCUUUUAAGCCAUCCAUGACUGCGUCCAUCAAGGUAGACUCCAAGAAAGAAAUCUACAGUGAAAACGUCCGUGCAACAACAAUCGCGCAACCGGCCUCCGGGAGUUGCCGGAGACUGCCAAUCACAUGGUUGUUCGUGGCCAGUACAAGUAAUUCCCGAGAAAUUCUAACAUGGUAUACCGGUAAUCCGGGCCCGUUCUGACUUAGGGUCUUGGAUGGGGUUCCGUAUCAGUGGCGUCAUUUGCAGGCCUCCAAUGACCACUUAUGGCAUACCCGAAUCGCUGGCCACCCAUGCCUAUUUUGGCAGAAAACCAGAGAGGGUCAUGGCCGUAGUCGCUCUCAUUCGGGGGGAAACACCAAUUUAAUGUCCAUGAUAACAUGGGCGCUUAAUGCCGCUUUGUCAUUUC